AUGAGGUUAUGCACACAGAGAUGGCGGCAUUGGAAGAAUAAGCCGCCUACAGAAUACUUUGGGUGGAAAGAUGUUUAUAGCACUCGGCAUCGUACGGAUCGCAAUGUGCUCGAUCUUUUACAAAAUUUACUGGAACAAUCGAGUGGGCACUUACGUCUCAUGGCUGAAAUAUCGACAUUCGAAUCGGAUUGUAUCGAUAUUUUGAUGCUCAUUGUCAAAAGUAAUUUGUGGGACUAUUCAUUAAGGUUUUACGCGAAACGAUGUUUACAGCUAGUGCGUAAGCGAUACAUACUCGGUCAAUGGGAUGCAUUGAAGCAAGGGACAAUCGACUUUCCUAUUUGGAAAGGAUUCGCGAUGUUGGCCAUGUUCCGUAGCCCAUCUAUAGAAUUGGAAGACAUCGACUUUAAAUUCAAUUCUCUUGCAUCCGAGUUUAUCCAGCAAAUAUCUCCUAAUAAUGAAACUCUCUCAGAUGAAGAUAAAUGUAAAGCGUUAGUCGACUUUUUCUGCAGACAAAAGGACUUUCGCGGUAAUGUCGAACGAUACUACAAUCCAUCAAAUAGUCUAAUAGACAAAGUAUUCGAAACGAGAAGAGGAAUUCCCAUUUCGUUGGCGAUAAUUUUUCACGAAUUAUGUAUGAGAGUAAAUGUAAAUGGAGUAUCACUCUUUCCAACACCACAACAUUAUCUGCUACACUUCACAUCCCCAACUACCGACGCCGACUUUUUCAUCGAUCUAUUUAACAACGGAAAAAUAAUGUCACGAACAGAAGUCUCACAAAUGCUGAGCAUGUCUUUUGGACUCUUAUUUAUUAACUUUGAUCUCCGACCUCCGUAUCCUCUAGAAGUGUACGCACGAGUACUACACAACAUCAUUAAUGGUUUUCGUAGAACACAAAAUGACCACGAAGUAUUAUACUCUGCAUUAUUUCAACUACUUGUGAUACAUCCGCACGAGCCUGUAGAGAUUUAUAAUCUUUGGUUGGAAUUGCUAAAGCAUAUGUGGCCAGAAGAUGCAGUUGUUGCUGGAAGUCUGAAUUUCGUAGGAUUUCAUAGGCCGGAACUGUUGAGAAAUGAUUUGCAGGAGAUUAGAGAAGAGUAUGACAAGGGCAGCGAUAGGGUUAUGAGGAGGAAACGUCAUAAUGUCGGCGAAGGUGAAGAGGAUAUAGGGGAUAGAAAAGGAGGACCAGUGUUUGAGAUUGGGAUGGUGUUUUUCCACAAAAGGUUUCGAUAUACAGGUGUCAUAUAUGGCUAUGAUGAAGAAUGCGUUGCAGAGGAAGACUGGAUUCUACGAAUGCAUGUGGAUGACCUUGAGAGAGGUCGUUAUCAACCGUUUUACAACUGUUUAUGCGAUGAUGGUUCUCCCCGAUAUGUGGCGGAGGAGAACAUUCAAACAAUGUUUGAGCCGAAACCAAUUCCGCCCGAAGUAUGGGAGGAUAUCGACCGUAAGCGGUUUGAUUUGGAUUGCGAUCGAGAUUUUUGGCGCGAACAAAAUGAGGGUUUUCCGGAAGGAAAUCAGCCGAUGAAUUUUGAUGCCAUUGGGAGGUUUUUUGUCAACUGGAGUAAAGAAUUUGAAAGGUAUUUGCCGAAUAAGAGAUUAAGGCAAGAGUAUCCAGAUUACUGA